GUUAGGUAGACGAUCUCCGUCCUCCAGACGGACUUUCGACCAAUCAGAUGCGUUUCUCACAUGGAACGUAAGUAUCGUAAAUGAUUAGGCGCCAGUAAUCCAAGCGGCCCGCUUGCUCGAACCGCAGAUGCCGAUACCACCGGUAAUACUUUCCUCUUGUCCCGUGCCCGACUAACGGGGGACCAAAUUGUCGCUGCAACUACGGAAGCUGCAAUGACAAGUGCCACGAACAUCUCCUCUCCUACUGAGUUAUUUAAGGAAAGGGCUGCAGACGAUGAGAGCGGGGUCCAUGUGGAGAGCUCAGCGGGUCGGCGCACUGCUACAUUGUGGAGGCGCCUGACCAAUACAGGCCCCGCCAAUGACACGAAACGAGCGAUGCAGAGUAGGCAUCUAAUGAUGCUGGCCAUCGGAGGGACUAUCGGUACAGGUAUAUUCCUGAGCGCUGGGUCGGCUAUCGCGCUUGCAGGUCCAGGGAGUGCCCUGCUUUCAUACGUGGUGGUCGGUCUCUUUGUUUACACUGUCGUCAUCUCUCUCGGUGAGAUGGCAGCGAUGUACCCGGUUUCUGGUGCCUUUUCGGUUUUUGGCAGUAGAUUUGUCUCUCCUGCUCUUGGAUUUACUCUCGGCUGGAAUUACUGGUUUCAGUGGGCAUUGUCUAUACCGAGCGAAUUGACUGCUGCCGCCAUUAUCUUGGAGUUUUGGGCGCCUCAAAUUCAGCCCUGGCAGUGGGCACUGAUAAUCAUUGUUCCUAUAUUUCCGUUGCAACUGAUCCACGUCCGUGUUUAUGGGGAAUCUGAGUACUGGUUCGCUCUGAUCAAAGUUUUGAUGAUCGUGAUUUUCAUCCUCGUCGGUCUGAUCUAUGACUGGGGUGGAAUUAACGGUCAUCCAGGUCCCGGCCUCUCGAACUUCCACAACUCUCAGGCCUUCGUCGGGGGGUUUUCGAACUUUGCCCAGACAUUUGUGUACGCAUUUUAUUCGUUCGGUGGUGUAGAAUUGGUCGCUGUUGCCGCUGGCGAGUCCGAUCGACCCUAUAAGUCCGUCCCGCGUGCCAUCAAGGCAACGUUCUUUCGAAUCGUGCUGUUUUAUAUCCUGGCUAUUCUGACUAUCGGGCUCUGCAUCAACUGGAAGGAUCCUACUCUUCUAACAUCUGCUUACAACUCCGACGUUACGGCGUCUCCAAUCACCGUCGUGUUUCAACGCGCAGGCUUCGGCGCUGCAGUUCAUAUCGUCAAUGCCGUACUCCUCACUGCAGUUCUCUCUGCGACGAACUCUGCAUUCUACGGGAGUUCCCGCAUGCUACUCUCACUGGCCAGGUCGGGCCAAGCACCCAAGGUUUUCGGUUGGGUGAGCAAACGAGGUGUUCCUAUACCUGCAUUGCUGAUUUCGCUUGGUGUAGCCUGUCUAACAUUUUUAACGACUAUAUGGGGAGAGGGCGUGGUGUUUACUUGGUUGCUGAACUUGACGGGUAUAUCCGCACUAUUAGUGUGGGGUUCAAUCGGUGUCAUCUCGUUGCGUUUCCGCGCAGCGUACCACGCACAAGGACGCUCAUUGGCUGACUUGCCCUACGUCCAACCUCUCUUCCCGGUUCUCCCUGUUGGUGUGGUCCUCCUUGCAGUUCUGAUGUUCAUUGCGGAAGGGUAUGCUGCUGUGAAAGAACAGCCGUUCAGUCCUAGGAACGUGGUCGCGGCGUACAUCGGCGUUGCACUUUAUCUUGUUCUGUAUGUCGGAUACAUCGUAUACGAACGGUUCAUACUCGGAAAACGCGAGCACAUCAUUCCUCUCUUGAAAGUCGACCUGGACACGGAUGCGGUGUGGCAACGGGGGGAGGGUUUGCAAGUUCGCCAACGUGAUAUGCUGGAGCGGAAGGCACGGGAGGAGGAUAAGAGUGAACGGCCACGAUGGAAGGUCUGGUUGGUGAGUGCGGGAAGGUACAUCUAUUGAUUUUAUGCGACGGAAGGCUUAUUUUAGAGAAUCCCCAUGACACACAUAUACACUUGCUUGUUCAUUGUGCUGAUUACGCUGAUCGAUUGAUAUGGCGCUCCAUUUGGGAAAAAAAAAAAGUGCACAACUGUUGCGUGCUACACACAAGGCAGUGGUCAAUUCCCAGGACAGUCCUAAACGGUGUACCGAACAAUCCAGGAGAGAACCUGAUGCAUAUGAGUAAACGUG